AUGCUUAUCGUUGGACUUACAGGUGGGAUAGCGUGUGGGAAAUCCACCGUAUCAAAAGAGUUGAAGAACAAGUAUAAUUUGUUUGUUAUUGAUGCUGAUCAAGUAGCUAGGGAAGUUGUGUUACCAGGAAGACCAGCUUAUCAGAAAAUAGUCGAUGCAUUUAAAAAUGUUCCUCAUUUGAUAAACGAGGAGGAUAUGAGCUUAAACCGAGCGGUUUUAGGACAAGCUGUGUUUAGUGAUAAGCUCAAGUUGAAUAUUUUGAACUCAAUUGUUCAUCCUGCUGUGAAAUGGGAAAUUGCAAAGCAAAUUUUGAAGGCCUAUUUGAGUCUUUGCAGUGUGGUUAUAUUAGAUGUUCCCUUGCUUUUCGAGUCUCAACUUCAUCUUGUAUGUGGGCUAGUCAUUACGGUAUCUACUACUGCUGAAUCACAAGUCAAGAGGCUCUUAGAAAGGAACCCGGAGUUGAAUCGCGAGGAUGCCGAAAAUAGAAUCAAGAGUCAAAUGUCAAAUGAAGAGCGAAAUUAUAAAAGUGAUAUUGUGAUUGAUAAUUCAAAAAGCUUACAAGAUUUGCACAAAGAACUUCAACUCGUUGUUCCUCAAAUCAAGCCAAGAAAGAUUUGGACUUUGCUAGAUUUGUUUCCACCCAUUGCUAUAGCAUCAGCAUUGUUCACUUUUGUGAUUAGACGGAUAACCGAAAAAUUCAUAGCUGCUAGACAAAGGAAAAUAGAUUAA